UGGCUAUUAUGAGAGCCCUUUACAACUCCGUGACCUUGUCUCGCGGUGACUUGACCUUACGCGGCGAACGUGACGUCACGAGCUUCAUGAGGACCUCUCGCGACCCCGAACUCCUGCUGUGGGCGUGGACCUCCUGGCGAGACGUGAUCGGGCCGCCCCUGCGCCCACUCUUCGCUCGGACGGUCGAGGGGGCCAACGCUGCCGCCCGGAGGGGAGGCUACAGUGACAUGGGAGCGGCCUGGGAAGACGAACUUGACUUUGAUGCCGACAUCGACGUACUGACGGAGAUCGAGGCUCUGUACAACGAAGUGGCCCCUUUGUACACUCUCCUGCACGCCCGUGUUCGUCACGCCCUCGCUGAGUACUACGGGGAAGGGGUGGUGGGUGCAGCGCAGCCUAUUCCAGCCUGCGAUCUUUGGGGCCAGAAUUGGAUAGCAUUACUAGAUAUGAUCCUUCCCGAAGCAGACAACAAGUGUAACGCAUCGACAUCGAAAGUGGGCAAGAAAACCGUCAGGGGUAUGGUUAAGGAAGGUGAAAAAUUCUUCCUCGGUCUGGGGUUCCCGCCUUUAUCCAAAAAGUUCUGGUCAGAGUCCAUCCUCGGUGAUUCAGAAGCUCCGAGCAACACGACCUGCCAUCCGCGGUCCCUAGACAUGUUUUCGCAGGAUGAUUAUAGAAUGAUCAUGUGCAACAUGCAAGGCGAGGAAGGCCAAGCAGUGGCUUAUCACGAACUGGGCCAUAUCUAUUAUUUCCAGUCAUACAGCCACCAACCUACCAUCUUCAGGGAUGGCGCCAACUCUGCCUUCCACGAGACUAUUGGUGACACCGUGCAGCUGUCUGCCAUGACGCCCGCAUGUCAGAGCAGGUCAAAGGUUAGCGGGUACCAGGAGCCACCCCAGACCGAGGCAAACAGUAGAGGCUCAUCCUCUGAUAACCUGUCUGCGAGUGAACUUCGGCACCUUCUGACGCAGGCGCUGCAGAAGCUCCCCCUCUUCGCCUUCGCUCGCGUGAUGGACGAGUGGCGGUGGGGCGUCUUCAGGGGAGAGUCUGCUUUUUGGGUCUUCAUUUUACACAAGAUCCCAGAGCAAAGCUACAAUGAAUGGUGGUGGCGGCUCACUCUGCGGUACCAGGGAUUGGCGCCGCCCGCCCCUCGCUCUGAGCUGCACUUCGACCCCGCGGCCAAGUUCCAUUUGGCUGACAACAUUCCUUUUAUCAGGUAUUUCGUGGCAGUGGUGGCUCAGUUCCAACUCCACCAGGGACUGUGUGAAGCAUCGCAGGAAAGGGGAGAACGCGGAGGUCGUCUCCACACAUGCUGCAUCAAGGGCUCCAAGAAAGCUGGUCGUCUUCUGAGGAAGAGUCGAGAGCAACGUUGUAUAUUUUGGAAGAGCAAGAAUAACUUUGCCCUGUAUCUUGUGCUUUUAUAUCGAGCUCAAUAUCACGCCGUAAACUUUAGUUAUACCACCGUUCUUAAUAGGUAUGUCAUCACAGGACAUCAGGUGGCUAGGUUAAGACAUGCCAACAAGUAA